AAGGUGGAUUCAUUGUGGGAAGGGCGAUAAACUAGUGCAAGGUGAAGGAGGUCUGUUCAUCUGUUUUCUUCCUCUCGGUCACUUUAAUCUGGUUCUUCGGUCUGUCAGAUUAAACUGGAGUCGUCCAGGAGGAUGAGGAUAACCGUGGUGCUUGUCUCCCUCCUGCUCGUUUCCCAGUAUGCCUCAGGAGUCGAGGUGUAUGAGGGGGAGGAGUCUGUCCUUCUGCUCUGCCAGCUUCCCGUUCCAGCUGAAGAGGGUGUAGUUGUGUGGGGACGCGAUGACCUGAAUCCUUCAAUCAUCCAUGUUCGCACAGAGGAAGGUGAUUAUCUUACAGAGCAAAAUAAACAAUACGUCAACAGAACAUCCAUUCAAAAGGACGCCCUGAAGACCGGAGACCUCAGCCUCACUCUGAGAAAACCUACAUUCUCUGACAGUGGACUCUACACCUGCACCGUACGCAAGGUUGGAGAAAAACAGAACCAGACUGAAGUGCAACUAAAGGUCAAAGAGCGUCCUCCUCCUCCUCCAAUCUGGCCCAAAGUUCUCCCAGCGGUCCUGGUUCCGGUGCUUGUCCUGGCUAUUGGCAUUAGUGUUUUCAUGUGUCUUGUAUAUCAAAGGAUGAAGAAAACAGCAGUCUGCCAGCUCAAAGUUGUUGAUGUGACAGAGGGAGCAGAGUCUGUCCUGCUACCCUUCAUAUCCAAAAAACUGAAGAAUCAGGAGACCGCCAAAGUGGAGUGGAAACAUAUCCAAGAAGACGAAAUGAAGGUCGUGUAUGAGAAGGAUCGGAAAAGUCAAGACGUACCUGACACAGGCCCCGUAAAGAUGAAGAAAAAUCCAUGGAUUACAGGAAACGCCAGCCUAACUUUGUCAGAUCCUCACUCUGAAGAUGGAGGUGUUUACAUAUGCACCAUGUAUGACACGCAUGGAAAGGCCCUGAAACAGAAAGUAGUGGCACUCUGGGUCAAAGAGGGCUGGCUGAAAACCAUCAGAAGCUUCUUCCCGUGUGCCAGACAGAACAGACAGAAUUAUGUCAUCUGAAUGAAAAGGCAAAGGUGAAUCUGUUCACUGUUCAGUCAAUGUGAUUCAUCUCUUGAUGAAGCUUUUCCAAAUGAAACUCACAGUAAUAAGGUCAUUACCAAAUGAAAAGUCACAUUGACAAAGAUGUAAAACUACUGUGUGUUUGUGAGCUCUCAAAUGUCUGUUUCAGUCAGUUUGAACACUUGACACAUGCACUCAGCACAACCUGAACUAAUAUUCAGAUCGUCUGUGCACACUUUAAACUAAAGUUCUGCAUAGAGAGGUGAGAGCAGGAAAGUGUUUUUUUAGUACAUUUUUAAUAAAAUUUAAGAUUUAUUUCAUUUAUUUAGGAAUAAAAUAGAAAAAUUCUAAAAAUGUUAGCUAUCUAACAUUUACAAAGGUAAACAGUUACUUUGAUGACAGAUGUCUGUACUAAUUGAUACUGUAGUAUUUAACUAUUUUAACUUUGAUUUCAAUUUACUGAAGGUUACCUGUGGGGUUCAACAGGGUUCAGUGCUGGACCCCAAACAGUUUAUACUGGACAUGCAUGAAUCGUAUCUAAAUUACUAAAACUUUAUUUGCUGUAAUGUAUCAUCAGUUACAGUCAUUUAUUUUUCUCUGGGAAAAGUUUAGAACAGUGCCUGAAUGCAGUGG